CAAACCUUUGGAGGCUCCACCGUCCGUCUGCCUACGAGGUCUACACAGAGGAAGCAGACCCGCCAUUUUCCUGCAAGCCUCCGGUCCUUUUAAACCCAGCAGGGGGAGGCGAACACGGAGAGGAGGACAUCGAAGGAGGGGGGACAGAGAAAGAGUGAGAGUGUAUGAGAGAGGGGAUCUAAGAGGACGAUUUCUACAGAAAGGAGUUCACUGGUGUCAAGUGCUGGAACCGUUGAAGCCCAAGAGGACAAAAGGAGUUCCAUCAGAUUCACAUAACGUUUAGUUCGCCUUAGCAGCUUGUUUGGUUAAAACAGAAGAUGUCUGGACAAAGCAUAACGGACCGGAUAACUGCAGCCCAACACAGUGUCACCGGUUCUGCGGUGUCUAAAACGGUGUGCAAGGCAACCACGCACGAAAUUAUGGGGCCAAAAAAGAAACAUUUGGAUUACCUGAUUCAGUGCACCAAUGAGAUGAACGUGAACAUCCCACAGCUGGCCGACACGCUGUUUGAGAGGACCACCAACACCAGCUGGGUGGUUGUCUUCAAGUCUCUCAUCGCAACACACCACCUCAUGGUUUACGGCAACGAGAGGUUUAUUCAGUACUUGGCCUCAAGAAACACAUUAUUCAACCUCAGUAAUUUUUUGGACAAAAGUGGGUUACAAGGCUAUGACAUGUCAACCUUCAUCCGAAGGUAUAGCCGCUAUCUGAAUGAGAAGGCUGUGUCUUACCGCCAAGUCGCUUUUGACUUCACAAAAGUAAAAAGAGGGGCGGAUGGUGUCAUGAGGACGAUGAACACUGAGAAACUCUUGAAGACCAUCCCAAUCAUCCAGAAUCAGAUGGAUGCCCUUCUUGAUUUCAAUGUCAAUGCCAAUGAACUCACAAAUGGGGUCAUCAAUGCUGCCUUCAUGCUUCUGUUCAAAGAUGCCAUACGACUGUUUGCUGCCUAUAAUGAAGGGAUAAUCAACCUACUUGAGAAGUACUUUGAUAUGAAGAAAACCCAGUGUAAAGAGGGUCUUGACAUUUACAAGAAAUUCCUCACGCGAAUGACAAGAAUCUCAGAGUUUCUCAAAGUUGCUGAGCAAGUGGGAAUUGACCGAGGCGAUAUACCAGAUCUGUCCCAGGCCCCAAGCAGCCUUCUGGACGCAUUAGAACAGCACUUGGCUUCCUUAGAAGGGAAAAAAGUGAAAGAUUCCACAGCAGCAAGCAGAGCCAGCACUCUGUCCAACGCCGUCUCCUCACUAGCCAACACGGGCAUAUCCUUCACCAAAGUGGAUGAAAGGGAAAAACAGGCCGCUCUAGAGGAGGAGCAGGCUCGCUUGAAAGCUCUUAAGGAACAGCGUCUCAAAGAACUCUCCAAGAAGCCCCCCUCCUCCGCCACCACGGCUGCAUCUCCCGUGUCAACAGGAGGGAGCAUCAACACCGCCCCUGCCAUCGACCUUUUCUCAACACCCAGCUCCACAAACAGCACUUCGAAGAUGCCGAGUGACCUCCUGGACCUGCAGCCAACAUUUCAGCCAACACUGCCUCUCUCAACAGGCUUGCCUGUGGCAAACACCUGGGGGGAUCCUUUCACUUCUUCUGACGCUGUCGAUGACUCCAUUCCAAACUUAAACCCUUUCCUUACAAACCCUGUUAUCGAUGCUCUUCAUCUACCUGUUGUGUCUUCAGAUGGUCUUAGUUUUUCUUCUAGGACACCCAGUCAUGAAAUGUUUGGUGAUUAUUACAAUCCCUUUAAUGAUUCGAGCUGUUCUGUUGCAUCCAAUCAUGAAAGCACAGCUUCCAUAGAGCCGUGCAUCACAGACUCCUUCUGUGGUCCAGCACCUUACCCUAACACUCCUCUCUUCCAAUCUGAGCCCUCUGCUGUAGCAGGCCUAUUUGGAGGUAGGUGUGUCUCUCUCAGCUUGUCUGUUCCUCUGCUACCCCCAAUCUCCUCUGUCUCUGUCUGUCAGUCUGCCUACCAGCUGUCCACUAACUCAUUUUCUGAAAAAGGGCAGGAACAGCAGGAGAUGCAGUCUCAAAACCCACUCACAGAUACGGCUGUGGUAGCUUCAUCAUAUGAUGUCUUAGGUGGAAUCCUGAAACCCACAGUAGCCCUCUCCAACCAGGGACUGACCCUCAGCGCUCAGCAGCCAGGCAAACUGGUGUCGGAUGACUUGGACUCUUCCUUAGCCAACCUCGUGGGCAAUCUUGGAAUUGGUAAUGGAACAACAAAAAAUGACCUUCACUGGAGUCAGCCUGGGGAGAAGAGACUAACAGGUGGAACAAACUGGCAACCAAAGACUGCCCCUUCAACCACAUGGAACCCUGCCACCAUGAACGGCAUGCAUUUCCCACAAUACGCACCAUCUGUCAUGGCCUUCCCUGCAACGACGCCCACAGGAAUGAUGGCAUAUGGAAUGCCUCCUCAGAUGGGCUCCGUGGCUAUGAUGACUCAGCCCACCAUGAUGUACACCCAGCCGGUCAUGAGGCCGGCCAACCCUUUUGGCCCAGUCUCAGGCGCACAGCACUCGGCCGCCUCUAGUCCCUCCAGUCAGAGUCCCCUCAGAGCUCCAGGACAGGACCCCUUUGCACAGCUCUCUCUCAAGGAUUUCUUGUAGAGGCAUCUUUAGAUGCAGUUCAUGUAAAACUUGGAGUCUGAAGAAUCUUGACAGCAGCAAAUCUUGAAAACCUUUAAAUCCAACUUUUUUUUAUGUUUGAUUCUCCCCUGAGAAUAUCAUUUUCAACAAAAAAAAAAAAAGCUUUUGAAGGAAACAAAUAUGGGAAUGAUGGG